AUGUCUCUGUGUCUAAACCGCCUCUCAGAGGAAAGGAAGCAAUGGCGUCGAGACCACCCGUUCGGUUUCUACGCCAAACCUCACCGAAACCCCCAGGGAAUCCUUGAUUUGAAACGAUGGGAGUGUGGGAUCCCCGGAAAAGCGAAGACAAUGUGGGAAGGGGGUCUUUUCAAGCUGGACGUAAUAUUUCCCGAAGAAUAUCCUACAAAGCCACCCAAAUGCAAAUUUAACCCGCCGCUAUUUCACCCAAAUGUCUACCCAUCCGGCACGGUCUGCCUAUCUAUCCUGAGCGAAGAGGACGCAUGGAAACCCGCAAUUACAGUGAAACAAAUUCUUUUGGGCAUUCAAGAUCUCUUAGAUGACCCAAACCCGGAUUCUCCAGCUCAGGCAGAAGCGUACAAUCUCUUCAAAAAAGAUAAACCCGCAUAUGAGAAAAAGAUACGGCAGGUUGUGAAGGAAAACCCGGGUGUUUAG